AUGAGUCUUUCCUACAGCUAUACAGCUAUCUUGCAUGAGGUACGCCUUGCAUUGGACCCGUUACGCCCGAAUACCUUGACAUCGCCUUCGCCUACACCACCGCCAACAGCCAUGGGAUACUUUCAGCGCUUUUCCACUUUCCCGCCUUCACCCACCCCAUCGACCAGUUCCAAGGCAUCUUCAACUACUUCCGAAACCAGCACUUCCGACACGCUUCUAGAAUCAAAAAGCUUCCUCUCCGUCUUCAAGACAAACACAUUCCCCCUUUCCAGCAGGAAAUCAACAGCUGAGCUUCUCCCAACCGCACCUCCCACGCCACCACUGAAUCCCGACGACCAACUCCACGGAAUCGGCCUUUCGUAUCGCUUAGACGCAGCCGCGGCGCCAUUCGCCGCCAAAAGAAGCAACACCCUCCCUACAUGGCGGCGCCCAAGCCCUGCAGCCGAAUACGCAGCAAUGCCCUUGCAACGCCGCGAAGCCGCCCUCGCCAGAGUCAAUAAACUCCGCUCGCGCCUGAAUCUCGCGGAGAAAAACCUCGACAGUAGUCCCCGAAUCUGGAAAACAAGUCAGCAACCGGAUGAUGAUGAUGAUGAUGAUGAUGACGCUGGCACCGCCCGCCACGUCACGCACCCGCCAACAGGGAACAAGCAAGCAUACCGCCGCCAAAUCUUGCAUACUAGCGCUAUUGAACUGCCACGACAUCAGCAACAACAACAACAACAACAAAAACAAAAACAACAGCGGAUCCUUGAUGUAAACAAUAACAUCAGCUAUUACGCUACCGUGCCGAAAGCCCCCGCCAAAAGAUCUUUUGUCCAGCCGCUUCAGCCUGCUUUUGUCGUGUGAAGCCUAUUUCUUUUUCCUUUGCAUAGUUACUUUUUUCAAUUAUCAUUCUAAAGACGAGGGCAAAAAAAAGGAAAGAAGAGAACGAAAUAGCGACAUUUUUUUUCCAAAAUCCGCUGCGUUGGCAUGUGUAAAAUCACUUUAUAGAAACUAUGAGGAGGCUUCGUUAAAGAGCCAUGUGGAGACGAGAAGGAAGAAAGAGAUGGGGGAAAGAAGACAUGUAUGUGCAUUGCGCUAGAAGAAACGGGACUGUACAUGUGGAAAGUAUAUUACAAAGAGAUGGAUGGAUGGACGUGAGAGAGCUUUUGGCCUCUUUUUUUUUCCUUUUUCUUUUGUAUUUUGUAAUUCUGCUUAUUCUUAUUCUUAAUCAUUUUCUUCUUCUGAUUUUUUUUUCGAGUAUUCUUUCCCUUACCGAAUCUCAGCACAACAAACAAACAAACAGAUAAACAAACAACGGCUGAUGCUGACUGUACGGCCUAAUUCCC